UUAUCAAAAUGGCAAGUGAGAAUACAGAAGAAACGGACCAAAUAUUGGCUGAAUUUUUGUCCUGGUGUGAGCGAAACGACCUUAAAUUAAGUGAAAAGGUGAAGGUUGGACUGAAGGGAUCUUGUCAUCGUUAUGGCAUGACAGCUGUGGAGAACAUUGAGGAAGGGGAAUCCUUGUUUCAAAUUCCACGGUCACUUGUUUUGCAACCGAAGACUUCAUCCAUCUCCAAACUUUUUGAAGAUUUAUCUGAUGAGGAUGAGUUUGAAUCAGAAAGAGGGUCUGGCUGGGCUCCUCUUCUCCUGACAUUGAUGUACGAGUACACUAAUCCAACAUCUCACUGGAAGCCAUAUUUAAACCUGGUGCCUGAAGUAACAGUCUUGGACCAACCCAUGUUUUGGAACGUAGAGGAGAGACAAAGAGAACUGAAAGGGACUGGGAUUGAGGAAGAUGUUGAAAAUGAUGUACAGGGCAUCGAGGAGGAAUAUAAUACUACAGCUUUGCCUUUUAUUAAGAAGUAUCCACAGUAUUUCAGUGAGUCCUGUCACAGUCUUUCUCUGUACAAACACAUGGCAGCAUUUGUCAUGGCCUACAGUUUCACUGAACAUAAGUCAAGUCCUGAUGAUGAUGAUGACGAUGAUAGUGAAGAUGAUGAUGAUGAAGAUGAGGAUGAUGAUGCAGCUCCUGCCAUGGUGCCAAUGGCAGACAUACUUAAUCAUAUCAGUAACAAUAAUGCUCACUUGGAGUUUGGUGCUCAAACUUUGACAAUGGUGGCAACGCAAGAUAUUCCAAAGGGACAGGAAAUUUUCAAUACUUAUGGUAACCUUGCCAACUGUCACCUGCUGCAGUCAUAUGGAUUUGUGGAGGAAGAAUUACCAAAUCCAUAUGACAUGGUAGAGUUACCCAUUAGUGCAUUUAUUGAGGUAAUGAAGGACAAUCAGUCACAACAGGAGAGAGGAAUAUUCCACUCUAAGCUUGAGUUUCUAGAAGAAGCAGGUGUGGCUUCCAAGGAUGACUUGUUUCUUUUUGGACGUGAGGGAUGUUCACACUUUGGUCCAGAUUUGUAUGCUACUCUGAGAAUCCUUCAUUUGUCUGGAGAGAAGUUCAAACAAUUAUUGGAAGAGCAAGUAAAGAAACAGAGAAGUGAAGAAUUUGAUGACAUUGGACAUGUGCUGGAUCAAAUUGAUGAUGAAACUAAAAAGGAUACAUGUUGGAGAUUCUUGGAGCUUGUUUAUAAGGCUGAAUGUAACAAAGGGAAGAAGAAAAGGAAAAUCAAGGAAAAGGACUUGCAACUGACACAGAAGAAAAUUAAAACUACUGGCUAUGGAAAUUCAGACUCCAUGGAGAGUCUACUGAUCAGCACUAAAGAUUGCGGUAACAGACACAUACAAACUAAUGAUGGCAGUUUGGAAAAAAACAAAAUUGAAAGUGGAAAUGAAUUAAAUCCCUGGUCCAAAGAUGACGCUUGUGCUUGUGUGAAGAGAACUUCAGACCCAGGAAAAUGUGAUGCUGAGAGAGAUGAAGCUUCAGAUGUAAGAAGCACAGGGAAAAAGAAGCUGUGCUGUGAUGAGGAUGGCAAAGCUGGUGGCAGCAGUGAUAUCAGUGGGGAUCACAUAAGUAAUGAAAAUGAAACCAACAGCAGAAAUGACAAUUAUGAUGAUGAUGAUGAUGACAAUGAUGGCAAUGUCGAUGACAACAGUGAGGAUGAUGAGGAUGAUGAUAGUGGGGAUGAUAGCCAAGAAGAAUCUAAACUAUCUCUGAGUUAUGAGAUGAUAUCUCAGUGGCCAUUGGAAUGGAGGAGAACCCUUAAAAGUGUUGCGGACUUUUGUGUAAAACAAAGAUACGGAGACAGCAUUAUGAAUGAAGAAAAUACAGUCGAGAACUGCAGCAGAAGACAUCUGUCUGUACUCAGAAUCAAGCAAGGACAGAAAUCUAUUUUCGGGCGCAUUUGUGAACUAGCCACUGACGUUAAUGCAUAGGAAUGGUGGAGGAAUAUCUUGAAGAUAUCGAGCUUUUAAAGCCGCAGGAUAUACUUCCGGCGCAAUGGCUUCUGGAACGGGUUACGUGAUGGCCCGCGUGGGCUGUGAUUGGCGCAUAUUUUCAAAAUGAAGUCCAGAACACGGACGUUUACUUCCGUGUGGAGUUGUUCAAGAUGACGAAACAUUUUAUUUUUGAAAGUAAAAAUGUUAAAAACCGUCGAAUCUGUGUACUUUGAAGAAGCAUAAUUUAUCGUAUGUAAUUAACAAUUAUUCAACGAAGAGGAGAUGAACAGUACUUGCUACUCAUUUCCGAAUUUGGCAAAUAGUGCGCUUGAAAAGCACUAUUCACUUGUGUGGUGCAUACUGAUGAAGAAUAUUGCUAGUUCGGCAAAAUGAGAAAUUUCAAGUACAGCGUUGCAAAUUAAUGUGGAAAUUGCGAACUCUUUGCACUUAACUAAACAGCAAAAGCACAAUAUUUUAUUCACUAUUUAAAGCAAUAGUCUCACAGCUAGAACAAUUAGUUAAUACAAAGCAAUCAUCAUAAGCUGUAGACAUCUUUAUUUCAGGAAACUUUAGGUAAAUAAUUAAAAGCACUCAGAAUGCACUACGGUCAUCAGAAUUCUUCUCCAGCCCUGAAAUAAAGAGGAAAACAGUUAGUAAAAACAUGGCAGACCCACGGCAUCGUGGAGUUUAUUUGUUUUAUAUAGUAACGAGGCAAAAUGUUGUUAACAGUGACGUCACUUAUGUGUCUAUUCGAUAAUAGAUCAUAAGUAAUAGCCAAUCAAAAUGCUCGUAUAAUUCAACUUAG